GAGUCAGGGCCCUCCCCAUCCCCUCCAUGGUUUAUAAGACUUGUCCCAGCUGGCACCCGCCUCCCACCACCAAAUAACACCCGUGCAGGCUACACCAUGGCAAACUAUACUGUGCCUCACAAGGCCAUACUCCAAGAUGGGCUCCGGCCUGGGUCCGUGAUUCGAAUUAGGGGUACUGUGUCAGCCAAUGCAAAGCGCUUCCAUGUGAACCUCCUGUGCUCCGAAGGCUCGGGGGCAGACACAGCCCUCCACUGCAACCCGCGCCUGGACUCGGGGGAGAUGGUGUUCAACGCCUUCCAGGAAGGAGCAUGGGGUCGGGAGGAACGGAGCCCCAGCGUUCCCUUCCAGCGAGGCCAGCCUUUCGACCUGCUCAUCAUAGUGGCCGACGACUCCUACAAGGCCGUGGCGGGAGACGCUGUAUUUCACCGCUUCACGCACCGCCUGCCUCUGCACCUGGUCCGGGUUCUGGAGGUCGGGGGCGACGUGCAGCUACAGAGCGUGUCGGUCCUCUGAACUUCGGAGACAGGACCCGUCGGGGCCCGUCGGAGCAGGGCCAGGGGCAGGACCGGGGCUGGGGUUUUUACUUGUGACACGGGGCCGGGUUGGGAGAGGGAGGCUUUGAAACCUAAUAAAGUCUUUGCCCGCUCCCAGCCCUG